AUGAGGCCGAUAGCCGGUGUGGGCGGAUCCAAUGCCCGCAUGCUAAUGUAUGCGGUGGAAAUCGUAAUUCUUGACAAGAACGAUAGUCCUCCGGAGUUCAAGAACAUACCACCGUCGUAUUUGGUAUCAGAAGACUUAGCACCUGGACAGCGUAUCGCCAACAUCGCUGCUGAUGACCCUGACACAAUCGGGACUAUCACCUACAGUAUACAGAAUGAUGAAAUAACACCGUUUUCUUUAGACCCACAUACUGGGCUUUUAACUCUCAAAGAUCCUCUGGAUAGAGAAACUAUUUCGGAGUAUCAUGUCAUCGUCAGAGCUGACGAUGGUAUUCAGUACACGGAUGUUACCGUCGUUGUUCAGGUGACGGACACAAAUGACAACCCACCAGUUUUCAAAGAAAGCGCAUACUCUUUCGACAUACCCGAAAACGCUGCUCGAGGUUCAGUGGUUGGUGCUGUAGCGGCCAUUGACCUCGAUUCAGGACCCAACGCCCAGCUCACUUACACCGUCAUCUCUGACUGGGCUAAUGACGUCUUCUCUCUUAGCCCUCAGACUGGGGUUUUCACUUUAACUGCAAGAUUGGAUUAUGAAGAGACUCAGCACUACAUAUUAGUUGCUCAAGCUCAAGACAACGGCCAUCCAUCCCUGUCUGGUACCGUCACCGUCUAUAUAAAUGUCAUCGAUCUUAAUGACAACGCACCGAUAUUCGACCCAAUGAGUUUCUCUAAUGAAAUUCUAGAAGACGUUCCCGUUGGCUCUUCCGUUGUCACAAUAAGUGCAACAGAUUUAGACUCAGGUUUAAAUGGUAAAGUGGCAUAUAGCAUAUCUGCCGGAGAUGAUGGUCAGGAUUUCACUAUCGCGGACAAUGGAACCAUAUACACAGCAAAACUGCUAGAUAGAGAGACACUUCCAAUAUACAAUCUUGUCGUGACUGCCAAAGACAUGGCAAAGCUGCCUGAGCCUCAACUCUCUUCAACUGUACAGGUUACUAUACAACUAAAGGAUGUCAAUGACAUGGCACCUGAGUUUGUGACACCCAAUGUAACAACAGUAUCCGAAAAUAUUCCAUUGAAUACCGUCGUAAUGACAAUAAAAGCUGUUGACAAAGAUGAAGGCAGAAAUGGCUAUGUUGAAUAUUUUAUGACACCAGAUCCGGAAAUAAAUGGAUACUUUUCAUUGGGUAAUGUAGACGGCAUCUUAAGGGCAACAGGCAAAUUAGACAGAGAAUUGAAAUCCACUUACACCAUAACUGUCACAGCUAAGGACAGAGGUGAUCCGCCUAAUAUGACAAAAUCGAAAAUAAGGAUUAACAUUUUGGACGAGAACGACAACAGCCCAGUUUUUGAUCCCAAACAAUAUAGCGCAUCAGUUCCAGAAAAUGCUAGCAUUGGCGCAAGUGUACUCCAGGUUUCUGCUACAGAUAUAGAUGAAGGAGCAAAUGGUAGGGUUAGGUACUCAAUUGCUUCUGGUGAUGAAAAUCGUGAUUUCAGUAUCAGUGAAGAUAGCGGCAUUGUAAGAGUGGCCAAAAACCUUAACUUUGAAAGAAAAUCUCGUUACCUGCUUACGAUCAGAGCCGAAGAUUGCGCUAAAGAUGACGUGAGAUUUGAUACGGCUGAAUUAUCUAUUUCUAUUCAAGAUAUAAACGAUAACCCACCCACGUUCUUAGAUUCGCCGUACUUAGCAUACGUAAUGGAAAAUAUAAUUCCUCCUAAUGGCGGGUAUAUAAUAACAAUUCAUGCUUAUGACGCUGAUUCACCACCAUUUAACAACCAAGUCCGCUAUUUCAUAAAGGAAGGAGAUGCCGAUCUGUUUAAAAUUAAUGCAUCGACCGGGCAAAUUUCCUUACUGAGAACAUUAGAUCGUGAAGCUCAGGAGGAAUAUACUUUAGCACUUGUUGCUAUGGAUACAGGAUCUCCUCCACUGACAGGAUCAGGAACGGUUAAAGUUGUGGUAAGAGAUGUAAACGAUAACAGCCCUGACUUUGAAAGACAAAGUUACAGAUCAAAUGUGAAAGAAAACUUGCCUCCAGGGACUGUGAUUCUUGCUCCAAAAGCUACAGAUAAAGAUAUUGGAAACAAUGCCAAAAUCCGUUAUAGUCUUUUGGGUGAUAAGUCUGAAAGAUUUCAAAUAGAUUCCACAACUGGAAUUAUAACAACGAAUGCAACUUUAGAUAGAGAAGACUGGGACGUUUAUUAUCUCAUUAUAAUGGCUCAAGAUUCAUCUACCACCGAUCCUAGAACAGCUACUGCAAAUCUUACGAUAAUAAUUGAAGAUGAAAAUGACAAUACACCAACUUUUGCUCAUCCCGUUUACGAAGCACACAUUUCUGAUCGGACAGUGAAAGGAGAUUUUGUUUUUGGUGUUAAAGCUACUGAUAAUGAUAUUGGGUUAAACAAAAAGAUUGUUUAUGACUUGAAAGGUGAACAUCAAAAUUUAUUUACAAUUAACAGAGAAACUGGAGUGAUAAAAGCUAAUGAAAAUUUGAUGAAAUACAAGGAUAAAACAGGCACAACUUUUAAUUUAUUAAUCCUAGCAACCGAUAGUGGCGAGGAUCCAAAACAAAGUAAUGCAGAACUAAUACUGAUACCCAAAUCUGUAAAGAAUUUUCCCAAGUUCACUGUUACCAACAAACUGACGUUUACUUUCUCUGAAGAUACUCCAGAAGGAGUGUUAGUAACAAGAUUAUCUGCUACAUCUCCCAAGAAAGGGCCACCUGGUUUAUUACAAUUUGGUAUUGCAGGUGGUAAUGUCGGAGAUGCUCUAAGAGUGGAACCUAUGAGUGGGGAAGUAUUUAUUACUGGUAAAGGACUCGAUUAUGAAACGAUGCCACUCUAUGAAGUAUGGUUUGAAGUACGAGAUUCUGAUAACCCUCCACUAAAGUCAUUUAUUGAAAUAGAAAUAAAGGUUACUGACGCAAAUGAUAAUCCGCCGGUAAUUGAUAAUGUUUUGUAUAAUGCAACCAUAUUAGAAGAGGAAUCUCCGCCUCAACUAGUAAUUAAAAUAGAUGCUCAUGACGAAGAUUCUAAUGAAAAUGGUCGUAUAUCCUUCAAGUUAGUUGAUGACUACGAUGAAACCUUUAGAAUAGACACUGAAAAUGGAGAGAUUUAUACAAAUAUUGCUCUAGAUCGUGAGUCGAUUCCAUUUUAUGAACUUAUUGUGGAAGCUGUAGAUCAUGGAGUCCCACAGCUUGUAGGAACGUCUACAGUUAUAGUAACCGUAAUUGACAAAAAUGACAAUCCACCUAGAUUUACGCGACUUUUCAGUGUUAAUGUAACAGAAAAUGCCGAAAUUGGAUCAUUUGUAAUCAGGCUUACAAGCUCAGAUUUAGAUUCGGGCCCUAAUGCUAACGCUACGUACAGUUUUGUUGAAAACCCGGGUAAUAAGUUUUUAAUAGAUCCUAUAAGUGGAAAUGUAACUGUGGCACGACCUUUGGAUAGAGAGCUACAAGACGAGUACAUUCUAAAAGUAGCAGCAACAGACGGAGCGUGGCGUUCUGAAACACCUUUGACUAUAACUAUACAAGAUCAGAACGACAAUGCACCAGAAUUUGAAUAUUCAUUUUAUAGUUUCAACUUCCCAGAAUUACAAAACAAAAAUAGUUUCGUUGGACAAGUUAUUGCUACGGAUAGAGACAAACAAGGACCUAAUUCUAUAAUUUCUUAUUCCUUACAACAACCUUCUGAUUUGUUUUCUAUUGAUCCAGCAACAGGAGAAAUAUUAAGUAAACUUAGGAUGAAUUACAAAAGAACAUCUAUUAAUUCAUCACCUGAAAAUACUUAUUCUGUUGUUGUGGUGGCCACAGACAAUGGGAAACCUCCAAUGUCUUCUGAAUGUUUGGUAACUAUAAAUGUCGUAGAUGCAAAUAAUAAUGCCCCUAAAUUCAAGGAACAUGAAAGAUUUGUACCUGUGCCAAAAGAUGCAAUUCCUGGAGAAAAAAUAAUAAAGCUUACAGCAGAAGAUAACAUGGAUUUCGGGAUCAAUGCUGAAGUAGAAUAUUACGUACGUGGUGGAAAUGGGACAGCAUAUCUUGGAAUAGACAAAUUAAAUGGAUGGAUUGUUGUUAACAAACAGUUUUAUUAUUUGAGUCAAUAUUAUGAGUUAAAAAUAAAAGCAGUAGAUCGAGGAGUUCCUCCACAAUCGGACGAGACAUCAGUAAUAUUUGUUGUGACUGGUGAAAAUUCAUAUAGUCCCAAAUUCACAGCUCUAAGCUACCAAGUUAUUGUUCCUGAAAACGAACCUGUAGGUUCUACAAUUCUUACAGUCAAAGCAAGUGAUGAAGAUUAUGGUCCCAAUGGUAUUGUACGUUAUUCAAUUUCAUCUGGGAACGCUGGUGAAGAAUUCCGAAUUCAUCCAAUUUCUGGUUCAAUAAGUAUUUUGAGACCAUUAGAUUUUGACACUAUACAAGAAUACCGACUUAAUAUCACAGCCAAAGAUCUUGGUUUCAAGCCUAAAGAAACUAUUGCAACUCUCACAAUUAUUUUGACAGAUAUUAAUGACAACGCUCCCCAAUUCAACCAAACAGAAUAUGUUGCUUACCUGCCCGAAAAUUCGCCUGUUAACAGUUUUAUAUACAAAGUUAUUGCAAUCGACAUAGACUCCCCAAAAAAUUCCAUAAUUAAAUAUUACAUAAAUAAUGAAAUGGCAUCGUUGUUCCACGUAGAUGUUAAUACCGGUGAAAUAUUUUCAAAAGAAGUAUUCGACUAUGAAGAAAAAAUGAUAUAUACGCUAGAAAUUAGAGCUGAAAAUCCAGAUUCAGUUAUGCGAAACACAACCAAAGUAAUUGUUCACAUAACAGGCGUGAAUGAGUAUUUUCCUAAAUUUAAACAACCCGUGUUUCAUUUUGACGUAUCAGAGUCUGCAGAAGUUGGUGCAAAUGUUGGCAUUGUUCAAGCUACCGACCAAGAUAAUGGAGACGAUGGAAUAAUCUACUAUUUAUUUGUAGGGUCAAGUAAUGACAAAGGCUUUAGUAUAAAUUCACAAACAGGUGUCAUUCGAGUGGCUCGUUAUUUAGAUAGAGAAACUCAAAAUAGGUUCGUGCUAACAGUUUUGGCAAAAAAUUCAGGUGGUAUACACGGAAACGAUACUGAUGAAGCUCAAGUUAUAAUAUCCAUUCAAGAUGGUAAUGAUCCACCAGAAUUUCUGCAUCAUUUUUAUGAAGCAAGUAUUUCCGAAGGUGCUGUUAUAGGGCAAGAAGUAAUUCAAGUACAAGCAAUUGAUAAGGACGUACGACCGCAGAAUAACCAGUUCAGCUUCUCUAUAAUUGGGGGUAAUACCAAUCAAGAUUUUAAAAUAGAUCCUCAAACGGGAGAAAUAGAAGUAGCUCGUCAGUUAGAUAGAGAAACGUUGCCUAUCUAUUCAUUAACUGUUGGUGCUAUUGAUACAGGAGUGCCCCCGCAAACUGGCACGGCUACAGUUAAAAUAUCUGUAACAGAUAUAAAUGACAACGCUCCUAUAUUUGAUAUAUCUAAUUUUGAAGGUUCGGUAUAUGAAAACGAACCUCCUAAUACGAGUAUUGCUACGAUUUCCGCUACAGAUUCUGAUUUGCCACCAAACGGAGCUCCAUUUUCUUACGCUAUUAUAGGAGGCAAACAUCAAAGUAACGUUAAGGUUCACAGACAUACUGGAGUUCUUGUGACAACAAAGAAAAUAGACAGAGAACUAACGCCUAAUUUGGAGGUAAUCAUUGAAAUCGAAGACAGUGGUAGCCCAGUUAUGAAGUCAAAUUACACGAUACUAAUAAAAGUUUUAGACAGAAAUGACAAUCCUCCAACGCCAAGAUCAGCGCAUAUUAUUGUUUACGCAUUUAACAAUAAGGUUCCUCGUGGAAAAAUCGCUGAUGUCAAACCAAAUGAUCCUGAUAUAAUUGGUGAUUAUAAGUGUAAAAUUAUUAAAGAAUCUACAUCAGAAAAUACAUUAUCGCUACUAAAAAUUCCUACAGGUUGUAACCUUUAUACUAACGCAGUUAAGCCGGGGCAAGGUUAUUCUUUUUCCGUUUCUGGUAAUGAUGGAGUUCACAGGGAUGUUGUAUCAUCAAUUAGUGUUGAAUUCUUUUCCUUUGAUAAUACUACUGUGGAACAAUCUGUUACUAUCAGAAUUUUGAACAUGACUGCAUCCAAUUUUCUUACCUAUUACUAUCGGAGCUUACUCGAGAUUCUAAGAGAAGACCUAAAAAAUAAAGAUAGUAUUUCCCUGUAUAGUAUUAAUGAAGUAGAAGGACAUUUAGAUUUAACUAUAGCUACAAGAGAUAAUAAUACUAUUUGGAGAAAAGAAAAUACGGUAAAACAUCUGAAAGCCAAAAAAAUGUUGGUGACGAAGUUGCUUAAGAGAGAAAUAAUAAUCUCUUAUUUUCCAUGUGCUGCACAAAAGUGUCAAAAUGACGGUCAGUGUACAGAUUCAAUCAGAGUUUUAGAUGAUACUAAAAUUAUUGAAAGUUCUACGCUUAUCUUAUCUUCGCCUUUGGUAAAACACGAAUAUGUCUGUCAUUGUCCAGAAGGAUUUAUAGGUACCAACUGUGAAAAGCGUCAAGAUCCGUGUUCACCUAACCCUUGCCGUUAUGGAGGACAAUGUCGGAAACAAGGCCAUGAUUUUACAUGCUCGUGCCCAGCUCGUCGCGAUGGUAAAACAUGUGAAUUAGAAAGAGAUGACGUGUGUAACAAUAAUCCAUGCAAGAAUGGAGGCUCUUGUAAAGAAAGUGCUGAUCGAAAUUCAUUUUUCUGUUUGUGUCGUCCAGGCUACCGCGGUAAUCACUGCGAAGCCUUAGUAGAUUCUUGCAGGCCUAAUCCCUGUUUGUACGGUGGAAUAUGUAUUAGUUUAAAACCUGGCUACAAAUGCAGUUGUACUAAUGGUCGGUAUGGAACACACUGUGAAAGUACAACAUUCGGAUUUGGCGAACUCUCUUAUAUGCAAUUCCCCUCCCUUGAUGCAUCGACUAAUGAUAUAACAAUAAUAUUUGCCACUACUAAACCUGAAGCGUUACUAUUAUACAAUUACGGGUCGCAGACUGGUGGCAGAUCAGACUUUAUAGCAAUAGAAUUGCUUGGAGGCAAGCCAUCUUUUUCUUUUGGAGGAGCAAGAACGUCCAUAACAUCUGUGUCAAUAAUGCAUUCAAAUAAAAAUCUGGCUGAUGGUAAUUGGUACAAACUUACUGCAACUCGAAAUGGGCGAGUGAUUUCUCUCAGCGUAGCGUCUUGCACUGAACAUGGAGAUGUUUGUACUGAAUGUGAACCUGGGGAUGAUUCAUGCUACGAUGAUGAUACUGGACAAGCAGGGACUUUAAAUUUCAACAAUGAACCUUUGCUGAUUGGUGGUCUUCAUAAAGCAGACCCAGUUCUGGAGCGCCCUGGUCAAAUUCAUUCCGAUGACUUUAUCGGUUGUAUGCAUAGCAUUAGUAUUAAUGGGCGAUUACUCAAUCUCACAAAUCCUUUAAAAUCACGAAGUGUAGAACCAAAAUGCGAACGCUCGGAAAAAGGAGCUUGCUUCAAAAAAGAUGUUUGUGGUUUUGGUCAAUGUUUGGAUAGAUGGAAAUCUAAUAUAUGCAAGUGUGACAAUAAUUUUGUAUCACCCGAUUGUAGUCGUUCACUACAAUCAAUUUCGGUUGCUGAAAAUGGAUUUGUUUCAUACACAAUAUCUGAGAAACAUAGAAGAAUGCAGUUGCUUGAAACCUUUUACGGAGGAAAUACAGGAUGGUCAAAGAAAAAUAGCAGGUCUGUCGGAAAAGUUAUACCUAAAGUAAAUAGUCCAGCAAAAUUAUUAACAUUCUUUUUUAAAACAAAUAGAAGAGACGGUGUCCUAUUUUACUCAGCAACUGACAAAUACUUCACUUUGAUUGAAUUGCUAGAAGGAAAAGUUACGUAUACAUCAAAACAAAAUACUGUGGUCAAUAUGAGUCAAGCAGAGCAAAGCGAUGUUUCUGAUGGUAACUGGCAUAACAUUACUUUAGUGUCCGUUGGUAGAAGUAUACGCCUAUUGGUGGAUGGUAAACACGUAGGUGAGGAGCUUGAUGCAGCUGGUGUUCAUGAUUUUUUAGAUCCAUAUCUAACCAUAAUAUCUUUAGGAGGCAUUAAACCUGAAUGGGUAACGACAUCGAGCCAAAAUAAAUUUGAAGGGUGUCUAGCCAACUUUUCUGUUAAUUAUGAAAUCCAGCCGUUUAGUGGAAACGGUAGUAUUUUUCAAGAAACAGUUUUUAGAGGUAAAAUACUCAAUGGCUGUCAUAGUGCUUUUGGUAUUGGAGCUGUUCAAAAUAAUCCAUUACGUAUCGGAAUAACACUUGUGAUAGUAUUUUUUGUCAUCUUGUUAGUUGCAAUUUCAGUUUCCAUUAUCUUUUACCGACUUCGGAAACAGAAGAAAGAAAAAGGAAAUGGAUCAGCGAACAAAAGUGGCAUGGUACAUUCUAAGCAAAACGGAGGUCCUGCAAUGUUGAAUGCACCAAAUCUUAUCGCAGGCACUAAUGAUAGCCUAAUGAACAGAAACCUUCAUAAUAAUGACACCAGUUUGAAUAGUUACAUGUCUGAAAAUGCAGACAUUACUCGCAAUGUUGGUCAUAUAGUUGGCCCCGAAUUAUUAUCAAAGAAGUAUAAAGACAGAGAAAUUAUGAACAUUGACCCACCGCGACCGCAACGCCCUGAUAUCAUUGAACGCGAAGUGGUAGGGAAAAGUCCAGCACUUAGAGAAGACCAUCACCCACCACCACCUCCGUCUACAAAUAAUUCACACCACACGCAUGAUCACCCUAGUGGAAUGGAUUUAAAUUCGGAAGUACCUGAACACUAUGAUUUAGAAAAUGCCAGUUCAAUCGCGCCUUCUGACAUAGACAUUGUUUAUCAUUACAAAGGAUUCAGGGAAGCGGCAGGAGUUCGAAAGUAUAAAGCAACUCCACCGCCUAUUGCGGGGUAUCAUCAUAAACAUCAAACUCCACAGCACCGCCAUUCACCUCAUCAUCCAAGUGGCUAUCCAUCAAGGGUACCACAAGCUGCUCAGCCUCCACCUCAACCAAGACAACACCAAACUACACCAUUAGCCCGUUUAUCACCAAGUAGUGAACUCAGUCAGCAGCCUCGCAUAUUAACUCUUCAUGAUAUUUCUGGAAAACCUCUACAAAGUGCUUUAUUAGCCACAACUUCCAGCUCCGGUGGAGUUGGUAAAGAUGCAUUACAUAGUAACAGCGAAAGGAGUUUAAAUAGCCCAGUUAUGUCUCAACUAAGUGGCCAAAGUUCUUCGGCAGGUAGAAAAACUCCCAGCGCCCCACCUCAAGUUCCCCAGGUAGUUUCAGUUGGUUCAGGUGCAGUAGGGCUAACUGCAGAAGAAAUAGAAAGAAUGAAUGCUAGACAACGGACUUCGAGUUUAGUGUCUACAUUGGACGCAGUGUCAAGUUCAAGUGAAGCACCACGAGGAGGAGGAGUUGGUCAUCAUAUGUCACACAGACAUCACUCACCACCAGACGAUAAUAGAAGUUCAACUGGGUCCGAUGACGAAAGUGGAAAUGAUAGCUUUACUUGUUCUGAAAUAGAAUAUGAUAAUAAUAGUAUAAACGCGGAUAAAUUAGAAGAUGUUAGAAGGCAGAAUGUUAGCAGAGGAAGUAAUCCUAAAAAACCAAUAUUACCACCUCCAUACGAAAGUUUUGAUUCUUCGUUCCGCGGAUCUUUGAGUACCUUAGUCGCAUCUGAUGAUGACCUAGCCCCUCAUGUUAGCUCCGCUCUGUACAGACAAGCAAACGGAUCCCCGGCGUCAGCAGCACUUGGAUGGGGACCUGCUCCUCUCGACCUCUUUAAUUGGGGUCCAAAUUUUGAAAGUAUGAUAGACGUUUUUAAAGAUAUAGCUGAAUUACCCGAUUCCGUCAAUGGUAGAAUAUCGUCAUCACUUAGAUUGCAGAAUGGUACACCGAAGCCGUCUGAAGAAUACGUUUAA